AUUUUUUUUAUGCAACAGUUGAGGAGUAGCCAUUUCUAAUUAGGAUAAACUGACUAAAGUAUCUAGAUUAUACAUCAUAAUUUUAGAGAAUUAAUUCACUUCAACAAUGAAAAUGAAUUUCAAAGGGGAUUAAGUAAAUAAUUAAGCCACUGGAGUGGGAGAUUAAUUGAAUCUAAGAGGUGUUCAUUUUCAUUUAGGAGAAUCUAAACGUAAAGUUUGAAUUUAUAUACUCUAGCUUCAUAUAACACUAUUUUUAAGACUGAUUUUUAAGGUAAGCAAAUUGGUGAACCGGCUACUUUGAAUGAAGAAAAAAAAAAUGACUUAAGGACAAAUCAUUUUGUACUUGGUCAUCAAUAGGCUUAAUAAGUAUCAAUUACAAGAGCAACAUAUAAUGAAAAACCACUCCAGCCAGGAUUAUAAAAUGAGCAAGAAAGUAAAAUGCAUUUAUCCUAAAUAUGAGUACAAAAAAAUAAAAUGAGAUCACAUCAUCAUAAUUUCGCUGAAAGCUCUCAUAAGAUGAUGCAAACCAAUUAUAAUUAAUAAUAUUAACCGUAAUAGUUAGAGCCAAAAUAAGAUUUAGCCGAAAGAGCAAGACAACUUAGAGUUUCCAAUAUAUUCCUUGGAAAAGAGGUAAAUAAUACAUACCAAAAUUAUUAUUAGUAAGUUCCCAUGAUAACAGCCUAGUAAGAAGACUAUAAUAAAAAAGAAGGAGGAGCAUAAGCAUCCUUUAAACCUGGAUUUUAGUCAACUCAUUUUAAUUUUGGUAAUGCUAAUCCUGAUUUUAAAACCAUGAAUCAAGAAUUCUUCCAUCAGCAAGAAGUAACUUCAAAUCCAUUUGCUGAAGAAAAUAGACAAAAUCUUAGAGGUUAAACUAAUUUUAAUUGUUUUAGCAACUCAUUUUACUUUAGGAAAAGAUAACCAACCAUAUCAAUCUGAAUAAAUGUCACAUUUCAGACCAUAUUCAGAAAAUAAAGUUAAUUAUAUCAACAACACUGCUGCCUUAUAAGGAAGUCAUUUCACUAUUGGAGAUCCUAGAUUUAUGAAUCAUAAAACUUAAACUUUCUACAAUUCAACAAUGAAACCUCCUGAAUAAUAGUUAAGUUCAUAGGCAAGAGAUUAAUUAAUGGAUAGAGGAUCAAACUUUAAAGUUGGAACAGAUAACAUUUCAUAUAGAUCAGAAAUGCAAUCAAAGUAUUUUAUUAAAUUUAUCUUUAAGUUUUAAGAACCCAUCAGGGUAACCUGGUUAAUUAUCUGAUAAACUCUUAAAAGACUUACGAUCUUCUCAUUUCGGUUUGAAUGAUAAUGUAAGCAAAAAUACUUUCAUGACCACUAAAUAAGUUGAAGCAAUGAAUUAAUAAUAAGGAUAACCAAAUAGGUUGGAUCCACAUGCAACUGCUAAUUUAAGAUCUCAUCAUUUUAACCUUGGAUAGACUAAAGGAGAUUUAAUUUCAUAAACUCAUGAUAUACAUCGACCGCUGAUAGGAAAACCUAAUACAUUAAAUUAAUAGUAAGCAAAUAAUUUAAGAAAACAUCAUUUUGCAUUAUCGUGA